UCCAAGCGCGUGCACGGCCUCUCCCCCUCGCGGCCUGGCUCGUGCUCGCUGGGGCCGGGGAAACGGACGCCGCGUGCAGUCCCACCGCCCAGGCCCGCCAUGGGUCUCACGCCAAAGGCCCAGCCAGGGCCCUCGCGACUCCCCUCUCCCCCCAGCAAAUCAGCCUUAGCGACCGUUAUAGCCACCUCCCGCCACAAGGCGCCUCACAGCGUCUCCCUCCCACUCUCCCCCCGAGAGGCGCCUUCCCAAAGGGGCCGCCCUGACUCUUACUCGGGCUCCCGCAGCACAGACUCCACCGCGGCGGCCAUUUUGAACUUCCAAACUCCUUCGCUGCCGCUGGUGAGACGGGGCCGCAGCGCAUGCGCGAUGGGGCGCCAAGGGUCGAGGCGAGGAAACGCGCCACCUCGGCGACCCACCGGAAAUGAACCGCACCCUGCAGCGAGGGAACUUGUGUACUUGCACUUUCUGAAGAUGAAUGAAUUUAAAUAUAAAUACCAAUACAUUCCUUCCACAAACCUACAUUUACCUGAGGAGAUUACAACAUCCCGAUUGUAUGCCUCUGCAGCAGAGGGCUUUGAAGUCCAAAUUGCCAGCCUGGUGGAAAUGUUUUUGGUUGAAGUGUACAGGUGCAAACUUUGUCAGUUCACAAGCAGUAUCAAGAAUAAAAUCAGAACUCACAUGACUAAUAUUCACAAACAAGGUAGAAUUUGCCACAUUUCUGAGUGCCUUGAAAUAGGCCCAGAUCAAGAUGAAAAUUACUCUUACAGCAUAGGGGAUGAAAUCUGCCAAGAAAACAAAGAAAAUGAAGAAAACCUUGCAAAGAUGUCAUUUCUGUUGCCUAUGUACCAGAUGCUUCAUAACAUGAGCCCUGAAUGCUGUGAUGUGAGCCUGGGGAGUCACGGUGAUCAUCCUAAUGUCUCUCCUUCUAGUAAGGUAAACACACUGUUUGAAGAAGAAGCAGGUCAGUUUCAGCUUGAGGAACCCUGCUCUGUGGUGCCUAAUCCCCUCUCAUAUUCCACAGACCCCAAUGAAUCUAAAAAAAGCAAAGAUGAGGAGGAAACCCAAUCUGAACAUCUCAUGUCACUUGGCCUGUGUCGCAUUUCCAGCAUUAAAACUCAAGCUUUAGAGGUAGAAGUGAAAACAACUAAAGUUGAAGUCAAACAAGAAAAUAGUAAAAUUAAGAAGGUCAGACCUGAAAACAGUGGCUUAGCUCAACCUUUGAAAGGUAUUUGCACCUUAAAACCAAGUGCUGAAAGAAUACAGCACUGCAACAUAUGUGACCAAGAACUGAAGUCAAAGGGUGCUUAUAAAAUCCAUGUUAAAUGUCAUCAUGGGGACGAGGGCUUCAAAUGUGUUUAUUGCAAUUGCUGCAUGAUGGAAUGGAACUUAAUGGAAAAUCAUUUAAAAACACACAAGCCAAUAAAAGAGAGCUACCAGUGUGUGAUUUGCAAGAGAGUUUUUAUGUCGCCAAGUGCAUGGAAAAUGCACAGGAACAACCAUCAUGGAAAACGUAAUCUCUUUCAAUGCACAAAGUGUUCAUCUCUUUAUGAAACAGAGCAAGUGAGAAAUCUGCACGUAUCUUGUCAUUAUGGUGACUUGUUUAAAUGUUUGCACUGUGAUUUUAUUGAGAGAGAGUGGAGCAAGGUCUACAAGCAUCUUCGUACCCACAACUACAGUUCCAAACCACAUCAAUGCACUGAAUGUGAAAGAUGGUUCUUCCAAAUAGCUGAGCUGAAAGAGCAUAUGGCAAAACACAAAACUCCCAGACCCUUCCUAUGUUCAUUAUGUGGCCAAGCAUUUAAAUAUAGACGUCAAAUGAGCAGGCAUCACAAACAUGUCCAUCAAAGACAGAAAGUGAAAGAGAUGAAGAAAAGAAAGAGAACUGAGAAUACUCUUGUGCGCUCGGAUACAAAAAGAACAAUUAGAACGAGAAAAAACUCAAAUGAAUUUGUCUGCAGCAUCUGCAACAGGAAGUGUUCUUCAAAACUGUCUCUACAGAGACACAUGGGAAUACAUGCUGGCAUCAAACCCUUUCAUUGCCAGCACUGCGAGUACAAAACUAGGCUAAAGGCCUCAUUGAUACAGCAUAUGCGCAUCCAUACUGGUGAGAAGCCUUUCAAGUGUGAAAUCUGCUCUUAUGCCUCAAUUGAUGCAAGCUCUCUGCGCAGACAUUUCAGGACUCACACAAGUGAGAGGCCCUACAAAUGCGAAGUGUGCUCAUACAGUUGCAUCCAGAAGAAGAGCCUGGACCUCCAUGUGCGACGACAUCACACUGGUGAGGCAUUUGGCUGUAGUUUUUGCUGCUAUUCUUCCCCUGACAAGCAACUCCUCCGGAAGCAUGUAAAGAAAUACCAUCUCUGUUCAGAAACCUCAUUAAUCAGCACCCAGCCCACCCCUAGCCUCAAACCAUUUCCAGUGGAGCAUUAGGUUCGUCAUGCUUAAAUGUGUACUAGAGCAGCUAAUCAAGCAGUAGGUCAGCCGGAAGAGAAGGAGAAAUUGAUCCAGUGAGGACGUUAAAAGGACUGGCAAAUGUGACUCAACCUGAGGCUCAAAGAGUGGUCCUUGCAGGAGGCUUCAUAUACACUGUAGUAUAUGCUAUAACUCUGGUUUUUCUGAGAGGAGCAUGGCAUGCUGUGAGUAAUGAAGUUUGUUUUACAUGAGGACUGAGUAUCUUGAUCCUGUUUUCUGACUACCUCAUGCUGACUUGUCCUUCAUUAGAAGUUAGGGAGUUUGACAGUUAAAGGGAUGAAUUUAUUGAAAUGCCAAUGUGGGUGCAUUGAAUUCUGCAAAUCGGUUCUUGGAUGUCAUCUUGCUCAUUUUAAAUAUAGGUACAUAUUUUUAAAUUAAGUAAAUGAUUGAAAGUGAAAUCUGCUGGUGCACUGGCUCUCAGAAUUAGUUAUAUUAGAAAAUAUAUCACUGCUCCCUGGCUAGUCUAUAAUAGAUUAUUAUAUGCAAUGUGUGUCUCAUCAGAAACUAGUCAAUGGUAAAAUUAAAAAUAUAGAC